AAAUUAAUGUCGAAAUCUCGUAGUCAAUCAUCUAUCCCAGCAUUUUUAUAGAAAACUUAUGAUAUUCUAGAAGUAUGACACUUAAAAUUAUAAGAAGAAUCCUUAAUUAUAAGAUAUUGUAGGUUGGAAUGAAGAUGGUUCAGGUUUUCUUGUAAAAAAUGUGAUAGCCUUUUAAGAUUAAGUUCUUCCUAUGUACUUUAAACAUAGAAACUUUGCAUCAUUUGUUCGUUAAGUAAAUAGUUAGAGUUAAAAUUAAAAUAGAUGAAUAUGUAUGGGUUUCACAAAUCAAGAAGUGAUUUAAAAGAAAAUGAAUUUAUUCAUCCACAUUUUAAGAAAGAUUAAAGGUAAUAUUGAUAGUUAAUAAAGAAAUCUUCUCAAAAAAAUAAAAAGAAAGUCAGGUGAACAUAAUGAUGAUUAAUUUGCUAUAAUGGAACUAAAACCACAUCGAAAUACAAAUUUAUAAGAUGUUUAUUAUUAAGUUUAAUUAUUAAAUAGAAAUAAAUUUAAGAAAUAUUAACUAAAUAACAAGAACUAGAGAAAGUUUGUAAAAUAUUAAUUGAAUAAAAUAAUAAAAUAUUAUAAUGUAAUUAAUAACUACGAAAUCAAUUAGUUUAAGAAAGGUAACUAUGAGAAUUUAAAUAGAUUUAAUGGUUAAAAGAAGAUUUAGAAGUUAAAAGAUUAUUUUAUAGGACAAUAGCAAAUUUAAAGCCUUGAAGAAGAUCCUUUACAAGUAUUAAAAUUUAAUAAAGAAUUAGAAAAGAUAAUAUUCAGGGGUAUAUUAAGCUUUGGAAUCUGAUGUUGAAGAUUUGAUAGUAACAAAUAAAAAGAAAGUAAAGGAAGAUGAUACUGAUAGUACUAUCGAUAAAAUGGAAAACCUUUACUUAAAUCAACCUUUGAUGUUAACUAAUGCAGAAAAUCAAAACAUAUAGGAGACACAUGAUGAUGGAAUAAUUCACUUGUUGGAAGAUCAACAAUUGGAGGAUUUAUACUUUGAUUGA